UGUCAAAAUCCCCCAACCCAUUCCCCUUCUUCUUCCGAUCUCCACUACUUGAUAAUAAUCAGAUGGCUGAAAUUCCAUCACCAUAAAGAAAAACAUUUCAAGAUUCCUCACAUCCGAUCUGCAGAAUCUCCAGGGAGCUUCAAAGACAUUGACGGUUCUUGAAAAUGGCCUUCUAUGGCUACCAGGAUUAUGUCGGUGAGUACUCCACUACACCAUAUCAUCACUUUUACACAACUCAACCUUCCUAUGAAUUCUGCAACCAAAAUCUGGUUGAAAACAGCCCCAAUAAUUUCCCCAAUUCCCAUGAUUAUUAUUCUGGCUACUAUGCUAAAAACCCAGAAAACCCAGAAGUGAAUUACAAUUACAAUUACUCUGUGUAUAGUUCCAGUGAGCCAAAGGCGAUUGAGUACGAUGGUGGGUAUGGGUUUUCUGAGACAAAGUUUAUAGCUUUAUACUCAACCUUAGAGCCACAAGAUGACACUGAUUUUGAUGAGUAUGACCCAGACCCUUAUGAUGGUGGCUAUGAUAUUGCUGAAACCUAUGGCAAACCCCUUCCCCCUUCUGGUAAAACCUGUUACCCUCGUUCCACCACAAACUCUCUUGUUCCAGAAGAUUUCUCCUAUGGAUCUAUCCCUAUAGCUUCUCCCCAUGGAAAAGAGCCAAAAGAGAUUCUUGAUCAACCAGUAGUAAAACCCAGCAAGGAAAUUGCAAAAGACAGGGAAAUAGUCCCCAUUGAUGCUGGAAAAUUUGAGGAUUUAAACAAGGGUAAUGAGAAUUCUUCCAAGAAUGAUGAAAAUGGUUAUGGGUAUGAUUAUGAUUACCAGAUUGCAAAUAUUCCUUAUGGGUCUGGGUUGGAGAGUGUGGAUAUAUGUGAGGGUAUAUUUGGUUAUUGGCCUUGUUGGGAGAAGUAUCAGAAAGGGAAUGGGAAUCUUCAGGUGAGUGAUCAAGAAAGCAGCAGGAAUCCAUGGGAAAGUACAGCUGAGUAUCUUUUUGGCAGCCCCUUCGGAUAUGGUGGAGAUGAAAGAUUUGGAGGUUUCAGUUAUGGCGGUUAUUAUCUGCAACCGAAUCAGAAUCUCAACGGCUGUUAAUGUAUAAGAUUCCUCGUACGCAUAUCUAUCACAGCCUCUCACUGUCCUCUUACAAUAAAAUAUAGUGUAACUUUUUUUUUUUAACAAUAAGAAUGUUGGGUCGCUAGUAACGCCUCUUGUAAAAUAAAAUUAGUAUUCGUAUUUUAUGAAAAUAAAAUUAAUUUAAUCUA